AUGAUGAAGGUCCCUCGCUUGCUUCUGGCCCUCGGCGGCCUCGCUUCCAUACACAUUGCCUCUGCGCUGCCACAAGGCGCCGUGGAACGAGAUAUGCAUGCUACCAGUGCCGUCGUCCACGGCGGCAAUGUGAAAACCAAGUUCCCAUCGACAACCGGCUUGAAGUUCACCAUAGACGGCGAGACUGGUUAUUUCGCAGGCUCCAACUCGUACUGGAUUGGUUUCCUGACGAACAAUGCUGAUGUCGAUCUCGUCUUCCAGCACAUGAAGGAAUCUGGUCUCAAGAUUUUGCGCGUGUGGGGAUUCAACGACGUCAACACGAAGCCGGCUACAGGAACUGUGUGGUACCAACUCCAUGCGAACGGAACGUCCACGAUCAACACCGGGCCGGAUGGACUCCAGCGCCUGGACUACGUGGUGCAUUCCGCAGAGAGGCAUGGCAUCAAGCUGAUUAUCAACUUUGUGAACAACUGGAAUGACUACGGCGGAAUCAACUCGUACCUACAGGCGUACGGUGGCGCAAGCAAUGAGGACUUCUACAACAGCGAGCCGAUGCAGAAGGCGUAUAGGGCUUAUAUCAAGGAGGUUGUGUCGCGGUAUAUUGACUCGCCCGCUGUGUUUGCGUGGGAGCUGGCCAACGAGCCGCGCUGCAAGGGAUGUGAUACUUCUGUCUUGCACUCGUGGAUCGAGAAGACAAGCCGGUAUAUCAAGUCGCUUGAUAAGAAGCAUAUGGUGACUACCGGUGAAGAGGGCUUCGGUCUCGACCUCAUGUCGGACGGUAGUUAUCCUUUCACGUAUGUCGAAGGUGGAAACUUUACGGAUACCCUGAGCAUCCCAACGAUCGACUUUGGGACUUUCCAUUUGUAUCCCUCUAGCUGGGGUACUACCAAUGAUUGGGGCAAUCUCUGGGUCGAAGCGCAUGGGGCUGCAUGCAAAGCCGCUGGUAAGCCUCGUUUGUUUGAGGAGUAUGGAGUCACUGCGGAUCACUGUGCGCUGGAGAAGCCCUGGCAGACGACCGCUCUGAAGACAAAGGGUGUCUCUGGAGACUUGUACUGGCAGUAUGGGGAUACCCUCAGUACAGGACCAUCCCCCGACGACGGAAACACGUUCUAUUAUGGCACGGAUGAGUUUGACUGCCUGGUGUCGGACCAUGUGGCGGCCAUUGACGAGAUGGAGAAGCAUGGUCGGCAUUGA